AUGUGGUUCAAACUAGCUGCGAUUUGGCUAACUUUUUUGGUUCUCAAGAUUUCUUGCAAGUUUGAGUUUACUAAUGUCAAGUGCACUUCGCUGGAUAAGGAUUUCAGUGAUUUUGAGUAUUGCUAUCUGAAGUCUGUGAAUCGGAGCUAUAAAUUCAUAUCAAUAAAAGCGAAUUUAUUUCAAACGCCUAUCACAAAGAUAAAAGUCACUGCAACUGUUUACAAACGCUAUAAUGGCUACAGGCCUUUUAUGGUUAAUAUAACAGUGGAUGGGUGCAGGUUUUUGAAAGGCGCCAAAGCUGCUCCAGUCGCGGAAUACAUGUAUGGUUUUUUUAGGACGUAUUCAAAUGUAAACCAUACGUGUCCUUUCGACCAUGAUAUCAUAUUAGAGAAGCUUGACGCCAACUUUAUGAAUUACCAAGUUACUAAAGUUCUGCCAGUUCCAGAGGGCGAUUACCUUCUGGAAACUCAUUGGAUUCCUUAUGAAAAAGAUAGAGCGGUUAUAAAAGUUUAUGGUACUAUAUCUUAA